AUGGAUUUAACAGCAGAUGGACCCCCUGGCAAUAGAUCCACUGAUUUUGUGAACUAUGACAAGUUGUCUGCUUUGGAAGAAAGAUUAAGAGCAGUUGAGGAUAAUGAUUGGUUUGAUCCCAUACGAGCAGCUAAAGUGUGUUUGGCAUCAAACAUCAUAGUACCAAAGAAUUUUAGGAUACCAGAGUUCAUCAAAUACACUGGAUUGGAAUGUCCAAACACUCACCUACGAUCUUACUGCAAUAAAAUGGCUGAGGUGAUUUAUGAUGAUAAGCUAUUGAUCUAUUUUUUCCAAGAUAGUCUGACGGGAUCUACCCUAAGCUGGUAUAUAAGGUUGGACAAUGCUAAAAUUAAGAAAUGGAAAGAUUUGGUGGAGGCUUUUCUUAAGCAGUACAAGUUCAAUCUUGAAAUUGCUCCUGACAGAACCAUCCUAAUGUCUAUAGAGAAGGAAAACCAAGAGUCUGUGAGGGCAUACGCGCAAAGAUGGCGAGAUAAGGCAACAUAUGUUCAACCUCCACUGAUAGAUAUAGAAAUGGUGAUGUUGUUUGCCAACACCUUUCAAUCCCCUUAUUAUGCGCAUUUAAUAGGAAGCUCGGCUCAACAUUUCCAUGAAGUUGUGAGUAUUGCUGAAAGAAUUGAACAAGCUAUAAAGAGGGGAAAGAUUGAAGGUUCUGUCAUGGAUUCCAAAACAAUGAUGAGAGAUGACUCUUGA